AACACUUUGAGCAGCACCGAGGAGCGGGACAGGGUGCGCUGCCUUUUCUUUUUCUAACCGCAACUUGGGAAUUCCUGUGAACUACAACAAAAAAAGAAAAAGAAAAAAAGAAAAGAAAAAAAAAACAGGAAAAAAAAAGAGCCGUGAAACUUGUGAGGGACGGAGGACGACUUGUCGGGUCAGCAUGGCAUCUCUGAUGAACUCAGCGUGCCUCCUCUUCUUGCCUGUUGCUUUGCUGCUGGUGCUGGGCCCGUGUCCUGGUGCAGAAGCCAGGAAGUGUAACUCCAUCUAUAAGGGUUUCGCUCAGUGUCUGAUGGCUCUGGGCGACAGUCUGACGGACAGCGCCCGCAAGGAUGAAGACACACACGAGAUACACUCCAUCUGCAGGUCGUGGGAUCAGUUCCAUGACUGCGCCAACAUGGCGAUGGCUGGCUGUCCAGACGAGGCGGCAGCUGUCUGGGAAUCUCUCCGCCAGGAAUCCAAGAAGAUGCAGUUCUCAGGAAACCUCUACGACAUGUGCUCCAACCGCAACAACCACCCAGUGGCCUCGGUUUCCCCGCGUGGCUCAUCCAACCAGGAAGAGAUCAACCAGGAGUCUCUAAGAGGGCGCGCUGAUCAUCUGGCAGGCUGCCUCCACCUUCUCGUGCUACUGUCUCCUCUGCUGCUGCUGCUGUUUUGGAUAUAACUACCCCAAAAGAAAUGGAACUGGUGUGAAUAGAUAUAAACUCUGUGUUUUUUUUUUGUUUUUUUUUUCUUUUCUCUCCACAUGUCCAUAGACUUUCCACAGUUCUCUUUCCUAUACUCUGCCAGAGGUUGAGUAUUUCUAAACUGCAUGUCAGAGACCCAGCAGUCUUUUUGAUAAUCUAUCUUUAAACUGCCUGUGUCUUUUAAUGCAUAUUCUGCCUUUCAGUCAGUCUCUCAGACACACACAAGAAACACAACUGCGAUCCAAACAGACCUGUAAACACAUACAUAGUUAAACAGAUGCAUACAGCAGCCAUGUGCCAUCUGUCUGUAUCUCCUAUCCCCCUACAUUACAUUAUCCGCUGGUUCCAGGGGGGAGUCGGUCUUUAUGAGAGAACUAAGAGAGAAACGGUGAGGUCCAACCUUAUAAACCUGAAAACUGUGAUAAAAAAGCCCAAUGUCACAACUAGCUUAGUACAAUCACGUCUCAGCUUUACAGUGUGAAGCACUGGAUACGUAAAGCAUACCUGGUUUGCAAGAUAUCUUUAAAUCUGUCUCAGUGGGUGCGCUGUGCUGCAGUAAGUCCACAACUGGCUUAACGUUAAUUUCUCUUUUCAGCUUGUUCUCCGAGCGCAGCCUAUGUCGAAGCCCGUCGCUUCAAUGUCCAAACAUGUCAGCUAAGACCUAAAACUUUAAGAAUAGUUUUUAUUGUAUAGUAAAUUCGACCUGUCUGCUUCAGUUUGUGGAUAGUUUAAUUUGCUGAACUCGGAGAGAUUUGUAUCCAUUCUUUCUCAUAUUCUCUUUUUCAAAUCAAAUCCCACAUUAGAUGAAAUCCCUCUCAAAAUUAUGCUCUACAUGUAUCUCCCAUCUCAGUCAGGACUUUUUCACAUUGCCGAAGCUUAAGAUGCUCCUAUGAUAUUUAGCUCCUGUACCUUUAAGGCCCUACUCCAGAAUACUGAAUAAAAGUGUCCUCUGAAUGGUCAGCGCACACAUGCCUGAAUCACCUCUGUAAAUGACAAAAGAGCAGCUGUGCUAAAUCAGUUCUUACAUGCCAAGCAUAAAUUAUGCAACUCUGUGAUGUAGUGUGAUGUCACAAAGUCACGGAGGGACUGCUGGCGAGGCGUUUCAGGAGCUGUGUUUUCUGUGGGAGAGAGGAGCUUCUGUUGUUACUGACUAUGACCUAUUUAACUUUCAACAUUGUUUACAUGCACAAGGACAUAAUCAACACAGAAGGAGAGGAAAAAUAUGAAAAAGAAGAAUAGAGCUUCUUUAAACAGCUUGAACAAAUCAUCCACAAGGUUGUCUAGGCCAGAGAGAGUGCCAGGGUGAGGGUCUCAUUUUUUACACCAUGUUACCAUCUGCUCACAUAUGAACAGUAAUAAACAAUAUCUAUAAAUUGAUCCAAUAUUGCAACAUAGAGCAAGAGGAACGUUAAAUAAUAAUGGCUCUUCAAGAACUUUGAAGAAAGCUAAAAUGCAUUGUGUAAGUGGCAAUCAACUUAGAUAACUGUGCUUAACUUAAUAUUAUUUAUCUUGAGUCACUCUAGAAACCUUUAACCUCUAAGAUACAACAAAAAAUGAUGACCAGAAAGUUUUAGGCUACAGACCCUUUAACACUCUAUAUAAGAACUAGUCUGAUGAAUACGCUCCUUAACCUCUAAAUUAAGAGACGCACCUGGAACAGGUAAAAGGAGUGUUACUUCAGUUAUGAGGCAAAAAUUAACAAAAAUAAACUAAUGUAUUGUAUCACAGGUUUUCCUAUUAAACCUCACAUUUUGCAACCAAUUAAGUAGCUUUCCUGUGCUUUUCUUUUUAGUUUUAAGUGACCAAAACCACACUAUGUACUAGUCGAUAAUCAUGCUACGAUAACUUGAAGAAAAGAUGCGUCAGAAAUACAAUCGCUGCAGGUCGAUGCUUGUGAAUGUAGACACCGAAAACUUAAGCAAGAGCACAAAACCAAACGGAGCAGUACCUGUUUUCCAAAGUGAUCAAGUCCUUCAGAGAAGAUCAGCAGCCCAUAUGUAUCUGUCAGCAGGGGGGAAUAUUCACAGAGCUUAGUGGUUACCCAGCACCACUAGAUGAAUUCUGAGCCUGGGGUGCCUCCGUUAGCAUAGUUUAAAUUCAAUAUAUUAAAUUAUGUUUGCAUUUUAGCAGAUAAGCUAAACCCUAAAGUACAUGCAAUUAACAAACUGCACAUAGUAGUAGAACGUGAAGCUGCUGCGGUUCCAAUAAUCGAAAUUUCAUGUUUGCAACAAAGUUCUAGUGAAACUUUGUAAAUUCAGAGGGAUAGCAUUAGCCUGCUUAUCCCCUUUCUUGACUCUAGGCCUAUUUCAUUCAUUCACGAUUGGUUGCUUAGUUGGCAAAGAAAUGAGUCAGUUAUCACAAACAAAUCCAAACUGUCUCUGUACACCUUCGGACCUCCACACAAACACAUUCACCUGUUAGUCCUUCUUGCUCUCUUUUCUUGCAUCUCACACAUGCUCUCUCUCUGCAUGUCCCUGUGUGUUGGUUGACUUGACAAGCAAAGGCCUUUGACUCAGAUCACUUCUCCAAAAAGAAACUCAAUCACAUUAGUAACAAUCACCAGAAAUGAAGUAGAUAUGACUCUUUAACAUUCUUGAAUCUUUUUGGGUUUUUUUUUUUUUUACAAUUUUUGCCAAUUUCUUAUCCAUGAACUCGUGAACGUUUUACAACACAAUGACAAAUGUACUCCAACCGCUCUUUUUAAACCAAUGCCGUUUAUUUAUCUAUUUAUUGUGGACAACUCUUUAUCCAUGCAUAUUUUUCGCUGGGCCAUUCCAAGUUCAAUCUCAAGGUUUUCAAUUCUUCAUUCAAGGAUUCUACACAGAAUCCUGGCUCAAUACAGUGUACAAAUACUCGUCAUUUGGAGGGUCACUACAGAAUGCUCAAGGCCCUGAAACACAAAAAAAUUCUGCAAAUAGAGGAAUCGCUGAGAGCUCAAAAAGUGGUACAUAUAAUUUCUACAUACUGCAUAUUUGCUUUAGGUGUACUGAUUUGUCUAUGAAUGCUUUGGGACGCAGAAAAAUGCUUCCGGAUGGUACGAAAAACUAGAUCGUCUUUUAGCUGCUCUUGAGAAAAAAAAUAAAAAAUAAAAAAUCAUCCAUGGGAAUUGAAAUAUCAAUGUCAUCCAUCUGGGAAUAAUGGCUCCUGCAAUUUGUCUUCAUACUGAACGUGUAGGCUACUGUUGCCCCAUAGGAUCAUAUAGGACCUCGAAAACUGAAUAAAUUAGGGAUGAUGAAAGAAACAUUUGCAUACAGUCUCAACUGCAGUUGUGGAAACGAACUCCGAAGCCCUCUAAAAUCUAAAAUUAGACUUCAUAUAAAACCAGAAGAUAUAUAUGAAUGAUUUAGAUACGACUGAUAUAUUUGCCAAGAGAAAAAAAUUAUAACAAAUAGAGUCAGAUUAAAAAAAAAAUAAGAUAAAAUAAAACAUACAUUUUAUUUUAUGUGAUAAAAUGAACAGAAAUGACAUGAAUUUCUUAUUAACCAAAAACAGCAUGACAGCUUCACCACUUGUGAGCUGAAGCGAAGUGUUCUGGAGUAGUUUUUAUCUGGUGCUUGCCCAGGUAUGAAAUCCUCCGGGGGCUUCUUCUUGGCAUCCUGCGCCGCAGCCCUACAGUGUGGGACCAAUAUGUUCUCCACUCACACUCACGAUCCUCUCGCGUGCCAAGUGUAUUUCAUGCUCCAGGAGUCGUAGUUCGGCCCUGCAGGCCUGCUGAAGCUGCUUGUUAUUCUAAGUGGCUGUGGGUAACAGUUGUUUCUGUCUGGCCCGGGAUCAGGAAUACGAUCAGAUUAGAGACAGACGGACAGAGGGAGGGAUGAGUACACCUGGAAAACAAACACAGGUCUGCCUAUUGAAGACUGAAUCCACCUGUCUCGCAAGCGAGCGUGUCUUACACAGAGGGCUUUAGUUUGCAGGUUUACGUUUCUUUCUUCACCAAAAUGAAAUCAAAGCAGGGCCGACAUUUAAGACUCACUCUCGAAUGUGGUAAGGUGCGAAAAACAUUUCUCAAAGGCUGCAACGUUAAUGCACACUUCAAGAGAGGAAGAGGUAGAUAAAAGUAGAUUAGACAAAGACAUUGAUGCAGAACCUCGUUUCACCUCAACAGCUGACUGAACCUCUCUACCUUGCCAGCAGCAAGUUCAUUAAGCACACCUUCAGGGCUGCAUUCAACAGAUACAUAUGAGACUGUUAUGAUGAACAAUAGUGACAGUUCUAUUGAUCCUAUUUGGCUUGUGACCUCAAUUUCCAAAAUAGACUUCUGGUUGAAAUAUUUUGUUAUUCCUGUCACAUGAAAGAAAAUAAACCUUGGACCAAUGUUACAUCUUGA